AUCUAUGAGAUAACUUAACCUAAAAAUUAAAAGGCAAAGGAAAAAACUCUUCCUGUGAAUUUUCUUGAUUUUCCCGUGCAUUUCAUUAAUUUUCCAGCAAAAUGGGUGACAAGAAUUCAGAUCAGAGUAUCAUGGAUAAAUCCAUGAGAUCGGUUUUCGUCGGAAACAUCCCGUACGAGGCCACGGAGGAGAAGCUGAAGGAGAUCUUUAGUGAAGUAGGUCCUGUAAUCUCCCUAAAAUUAGUAUUUGACCGGGAGAGCGGUAAACCCAAAGGAUAUGGUUUCUGUGAGUACAAGGAUCAGGAGACAGCCCUCAGUGCCAUGAGGAAUCUCAAUGGAUACGAAAUUGGCGGGAGAACCCUUCGUGUGGAUAAUGCUUGUACGGAGAAAUCCCGGAUGGAGAUGCAGCAAUUACUGCAGGGGCCACAAGUGGAGAACCCGUAUGGGGAGCCUUGUGAUCCUGAGAGUGCUCCAGAACUCAUUACAAAGACCGUGGCAUCACUGCCGCCGGAGCAAAUGUACGAGUUAAUGAAGCAGAUGAAGACAUGCAUCCAGAAUAAUCCAUCAGAAGCCCGUCAGAUGCUCCUGCUGAAUCCUCAGCUCGCCUAUGCUCUUCUGCAAGCUCAGGUGGUCAUGAGGAUUGUUGAUCCAGCAACAGCGGCUACGAUGCUCUUCAAGCCCAACCAGAUGCCUCCGGUGCUGACAAAUCAGACAGUUACGCAGAUUCAGAUUCAGCAGCAGCAAAUGCCCAUCCCACAACCCGUGCCGCCGGUUAGCAUGGCAAGGAAUGACUUUCAACCACCCAUGGGGCAGGACAUUGAUCUCCGUUCGGUUGAUCCACGCUUAACACGCUCCUUGGAUCAAGAUAUGCGUUCCCUGACGCAGCCUCUCGCCGCAGUGGAUCCCUUCGUGGCAAAUCAACGUGCUCCACGUCAACCAGCACAGCCACCCUUCCAGGCUGUUGUUGAUCCACGUCAACGUCCCAUUGAUCCUCGCACUAACAAAGUGCCCCCAUCUGUUAAUGUUCCCGUUGCCACUGCUGGUGGUGUUCCAACUCCAAAUGCUGCAGCUCAAGCAACUGCUGCCUCUUUAGCUGCUGCAGCAUCACGUGGAGGAAUCACUUCGGGUAUCCCAAGUGAUGGGAGCGAUCAUGAGAAGGCAGCCCUAAUUAUGCAAGUGCUGCAGCUGUCUGAUGAGCAGAUUGCAAUGCUUCCGCCGGAGCAAAGAAACAGCAUCUUGGUGUUAAAGGAGCAAAUUGCCAAGAGUACCCAACGCUAAGGAUUCCUCAUCUUUUGCAUGCGGACAGAAGUAUCCGUAUAAUCUCUAAUGUAUUCUUUUUUGGCUAAUAAAAUUGUAAUCUUUUA